AUGAGCUCCUACGUAGCCAAUUCAUUCUAUAAGCAGAGCCCCAAUAUCCCUGCCUAUAACAUGCAAACUUGUGGGAACUAUGGAUCGGCCUCAGAGGUGCAGGCAUCCAGGUACUGCUACGGUGGAUUGGACUUAAGCAUCACUUUCCCACCGCCUGCGCCUUCCAACUCUCUCCACGGGGUAGACAUGGCUGCCAACCCCCGGGCUCACCCCGACCGCCCCGCCUGCAGCGCCGCGGCCGCUCCGGGACACGCUCUGGGCAGAGAUGAAGCGGCUCCUCUGAACCCCGGGAUGUACAGUCAGAAGGCGGCUCGCCCAGCGCUGGAGGAGCGAGCUAAGAGCAGUGGGGAGAUCAAAGAGGAGCAGGCGCAGACAGGGCAGCCCGCCGGACUGAGCCAGCCACCGGCCCCGCCACAGAUUUACCCGUGGAUGACCAAACUGCACAUGAGCCACGAGACGGACGGCAAGCGUUCCCGAACCAGUUACACGCGCUACCAGACUCUGGAACUGGAAAAAGAAUUCCACUUUAACCGCUACCUCACUCGCCGCAGGCGCAUAGAGAUCGCCAACAACUUGUGUCUCAACGAGAGACAGAUCAAGAUCUGGUUCCAGAACCGCAGGAUGAAGUGGAAGAAAGAUUCCAAAAUGAAAAGCAAAGAGGCCCUUUAGAGGCAGCGGGGGAGGCCCGCAGAUAGCGCCCAGAGCCCGCUUUGCUCCCUGCGCCUUUCCUUUUCGGUU